AUGGGCGAUUCGUUCGCGUCCAAGGAUGGCCAAAGCACGACACUACUAGACUCAUUCCAAGGCUCCGUCGAUUUCGACUCCGCGUCCGGCAGAUCAACCACCAACGAAUCAUUCGACCAGACAGGAGCAGACCGCAGAUACCUCGACGCCUGCAUCUUCCUCUGGGAAGGAGAAGACAACGACCAGUUCGACGUCCAUCCCAGAACAAAACGCUCAAUCAAAGCCUACAUGCUCGUACACAACAGAUGGAUGAAGUCAACAGACCUGAUGGCGGCUGUUGUUCUUCUUCUCUUGGCCGUCAUCGAGCCUCCCUCCAUCAUAAUCAAUUCAAUCGACACUCGGAACUCGACCAGACAACGAGACGACGUGAAAUCCGUACUCUUAUACGUCCAGUUGACGACGGAGGUAGUGUGUUUGGCUGUGAUUUCGUUUGGUAUUAUGUUGAGGAUGAUGUGGAUGGGCAUGCGCAGAUACUUCUAUCGCGUCAGUCUGUUCAUGACGUUUUGCGUGUUGAUAACAAUGUUUGCGCGGACGGCGACCACGCCCUUUUGUGCUCACUCUUGGUGCUACUAUCUCGAUCUGAUCCGGGCGUUUCGACCGAUUUUUUUAAUCAAUUCGUAUUACUGUGCGUCGGUUCGGAGGACAGUACGGCAGAUCAUUAAAUCACUCAAGUCGGCCAUUUUUAUUAUUUUGUUUAUUGUUGCAUUCAUCAUGGUGUGCUCUCUUCUCGCUCUCAUUCUCUUCAACGACUCGAGAAACAACGAAUUCUUCGCCGACUAUUUGACGUCACUCGUGAGCCUCACUGUACUCUUCACGACGUGUAAUUCCCCGGAUGUCAUCUUACCGUACUAUUCACAGUACUGGUGGGCACCGUCGUUCUUCAUUCUCUUUCUCUGUGUCGGGCACUACAUGAUGAAGGCAUUACUACUGGCUGUCAUCUUUGAGUCGUUUUCAGCCCACGUUUGUGAUAAAUUUUGUCGACUCUAUCUACACCAACGAGAGGCACUGUUUCAUGCAUUUUACACGUUGUGUGGUCAGUCGACAGAACAAUUAACUAAAUCUUCAUCCAUACAGAUGACGGACAGAGAAUGUCACAAUGCAGAUGUAGAUGAUAUUCGAAUCAUUUCCACACCGGAGGUCACAUUCCAGCAGUUUCGAGGUCUGAUGACAUUUUAUCGGCCCAAUUGGUCAUUAGUAGACGUCCAGUGUUUCUUCAAGUGUCUCGACUCUAAUGGUAAAGGAUGCGUUAGUCUGACAGAGUUUCUUCGAUUCUAUGAGUUAAAGGACGUCGAGUGGCAACCGGACGUUCGUCAUCAUACACACCAAUGGAAAGGAUAUGUGUGGAAUGGAAUACCGGCGCUGAAACGAAUAUCAGAGAGAAAAUAUCUGGACACGACCCAGUUGCAAGUACUGGAGUGGACUGUCGGUGGGCUGUUUCGAUUCUUCAUAAAUGUGUCGUUAUUCGCGUUCUUCGUCGUACUCAUUUACGAAGGUGCCUCGGAUGGGAACCCUGACGAACACCAGACAUGUAGAGCUUUGGAGCAACGAGACACUGUCUACUGGAUUAAAGUUUUCUUUGUGAUUCUGUAUGUCAUCGAAGCGGUUCUCAAACUGUUGACACUCGGCAUCAAAGGAUACUUCUCCGUAUCGUGGAACGUCUUCGACUUUGUUUGUGUCGUAGCUGGUGUCCUCGACGUCAUCCUGGAUGUGGCCGUUCUCAAAGGCGUGAAGGCAUGCGAUGAGGACUACUUCGGCGAGCACGUGAUUUUCAAGUUUGUCUUCUGUAUUCGAGUGAUUCGACUCUUUCGUUUAUUUGAGGUUUCCAGGAAGAGUCAGGAAACCGUCUCCGCUCUCUUUGCCGUCAUGCAUCGCAUGAUGGCCGUGGCACUGGUCAUCCUACUAAUGUUCUACACUCUGUCCGUCGUCGGCAUGGAUUUCUUUGCAUCCAAGGUAUAUCGCGGUUGUUGCCAGAACUACACGAGGCAAGGGUUCGAUGUCGGUGUGUAUUUCUUGGGCGACAGAAACAGCACAAAUCAAUACUAUCUGAACAACUUUGACAGCAUAUUUGAGAGUUACGUGUCGCUUUUCGUUCUUAUGGUAGUGAACAACUGGUACGUUCCCAUGAAUGGGUUUACAUCGGCGACUGGAACGCAGUGGACUCGUCUCUAUUUCGUCUUCGUCUACAUCGUCAGUCUGGUCUUCUUCGACACUGUUGUUUCCGUCAUCAUCGACUCGUUUCUGUUUCGAAUUCGAACUCAUCAGUUAGGGAUCGAACCGAAGGAUGUCGAUGUUGGUGUCAUUUCAGUGAACGUUCGAGAUGAGGACAAGAUCGAUGGACAGUUGCCCGAUAGUGAGACUGCUGUUUACUACCGUGGUACAUACCAUCCGAGCAAGGCUGAUAUCAGACUACGGAGGUAUGACAAUGAGAUCACACCGUUGCUACUGAGACAGGACAGGCAACUGCGACGUCACGAUGAAAGACCAGCGGUGACCAUUCGUCACUCGUUUGGUAGUGAAGAACACCUCAUCUUUGUCAAAGACCACUUUGCCACCUGACAAUUUGGCUUCAUGACAGGUAUGCAUCAAAGAGUAAUAAAUAACCUUAUUGAUGCUAAAUUAAUUUAUACAAUUAAUUAAUUUAUAAAUGUAAAUAUCAGGUGUACAAACAGAAUCCAAUUGAAAUGAUUA